AUGAAAACUGAAUAUAAAGCAGGAUACAUUUCAACAGGAUAUAAAGAAAUUCUAAAAGUAUUAUUGAAUGAUUUCCGAAAAAUUAAAGUCGAUCAAAAAAGUAAAGCUGGAUUUACUGCUUUGAUGAAGUCUGCUAUACAAGGACGUACAGCAUGUGCAAAACUGAUAUUAUUCGCAGGUGCUAACCCACGUCUCCGUGAUAACGGCAGGAAAUUAACAGCAGAGGAAUGGGCAAGGUUUACAAAUCGACAUGAAUGUGCUGAUGAAAUAGCUAAAUUUACCAAACUGAAACGUUGUCUCUUUGGUGGAAGUAAAAAAAAUCACAAAAGGUCAAAUAGUGAACCGGACUUAAUAAUAGCAGCAGAAAAAUGCAAAGAAUGCAAACCUAUACAAAGACAGAAAUCUAAAUCGUUCCGAAAGAAAGUAAAAAAAUUCAUUCCAUGGAGUAAUGACUCAUCUCCAUCACUGAAAGAUCAGAAUCCAUUUGAAAUUAUUGCAAGGUGCGUGUCAACACCCGUACUUCCUGGUGGCCUUGUCCCGACAGCGGCGCAACCUAGACUGAAACGACCCGUCAGUGUUGAUCAUAUCCCGAGAGUUGAAAUUACCUCACCUAUUGAAAAGGGUUAAUGCAAUGUAUGCUACAUACUUUUUUUACAUCGGAGUAUCGCCUAAUGAAUGAAAAAAAGAAACAGUUGGAACUGGUGGAUUUAUGAUUUUUGCAGGGGGAUGGAAAUUUCCGAAAAAAACUGAAUAUUUAUUUAAAAUUUUUUUGUGGACGAGUAUAUUCCCAAAAUUAUUAUACAUCAUAAGAAAUACUCCCGCUACGCACUAUCCAUUGAUCUGCCACUGACUUUGGUCAAAUAUUAUUACAUUGUAUAUGAUGACAUAUCACAAGCUAUUUGUCAGAU